UCAAUGUGGUGGGAAGCAAGUGCAAUUGAAACGAACGGAAUAGUCCUCACUCCUUACUCCUUACUCAACCUGUUUGUAGAAAUGUCUGCAACCAAACAUCAAGUUCUCACGCUCCUUUCCAGAAUGGUUAAAGCUCCGCCGCAGAAAGCUCUUUCCCUCCUCACCUCCUCUGCUCACCACACUCAUGAAUCCAUUUCAAUAAUCAUCCAUUACCUUCUCUCUCUCAACAUGCUGUCGCAGGCCGAAUCCUUCAUCGUACGACUACUCUCUGGUAAAAUGCCAUCCCCCUUCUUCACAAUCACUUCCCUUCUACCCUAUUUGACCAACAAUUCCAAUUCUUUCCGCGUUUAUGAAACAAUCAUUAGCGCUCAUCUCAAAGCGCAGCUGCCGGUGGAGCGCGCUCUCACCUUGGUUGAUGAAAUGAUCGAUAGAGGGUUUUCACCGUCGUCGAUUCUUUUUAAUUCUCUGUUGAAGUGUCUCGUGAAAGAAGGCCAUUUUGAUAAGGCUUGGCGGGUUUUUGAGAAAUAUAAGGGAAGAGUUGGAUUGGAUGUUUAUACCUUUGGGAUUUUGAUAAAAUGCUGCUGCGAGAAUGAUAAUUUGGAGAGGGGUUUUCAGGUUUUGGGUCAAAUGUGUGAUUUGGGUUUUAGCCCUAACGUCGUUGUGUACACUACGUUAAUCGAUGGGUGCUGUAAGAAGGGCAAGGUCGAGAAGGCGAAAAGAUUGUUCUUUGAAAUGGAGGAUAUCGGAUUGAUCGCCAAUCAAUACACUUACACCGUGUUGAUAAAUGGGGUUUUCAAGAAAGGUUUGAGGAAAGAUGGGUUUGAGCUUUUUGAGAGGAUGAAGAGUGAAGGGGCAUUGCCUGAUUUGCAUACCUACAACUCCGUGCUCAACGCGUAUUGCAGUGGUGGUGAAAUGCGUAGAGCCUUCCAACUGUUCGAUGAAAUGCGCCACAGAGGGGUGACAUGCAAUGUCGUGACUUACAAUACAUUAAUUGAGGGGCUGUGUAAGCAGAGGAAUGUGGGGGAGGCGAAGAGAUUGCUGGGUGAGAUGACGAGCUGCGGUUUGAGACCGAGUUUAAUCACUUACAACUUGUUAAUGGAUGGGUACUGCCGCAUUGGGAUGGUUGAGAAAGCUUUGUAUUUGCACGACCAACUCAAGUCUUUUGGUCUAUCUCCAACCGUGAUCACCUACAAUGUCCUGAUUGCAGGAUGCGCAAGAAGUGAGGAUUCGUCUCGGGUUUUGGACUUGGUAGGUGAGAUGGAAGAGAGGGGGAUUUCUCCAUCGAAAGUGACAUACACUAUCUUGAUUGAUUUCUUUGCGCGGUCUAACAACAUGGAGAAAGCACUCGAACUCCUCGCUUACAUGAAGAGGACUAGUUUGGUUGCAGAUGUUUACACUUACAGCGUCUUGAUAAAAGGGUGGUGCAAUGAAGGAAACAUGAGGGAAGCAUCAAAAUUGUUGGGGAUGAUGUGUGAGAUGGAAGUCGAACCCAAUGAUGUAAUAUACAAUACGAUGAUCCAUGGAUACUGCAUACAAGGUAGCUCGUAUAAAGCAUUGAAGCUCCUCAAAGAAAUGGCUGAAAAGGGUAUGGUGCCUAAUGUAGCUAGUUACAACAUGACAGUCCAAGUCCUUGAGGGAGAUGGGAAACAAGACGCGGCCCAUAAUCUUCUUGCUGCCAUGUUGAAAUCCGGCCUAAAACCGUCCAACACCCUCUCGUUUUGAUGUAAAGAGGGAAAAUUUGAUUUGUGCAGAUUGGUUCCCUGCGGAUCAACCAGAGAAAAUGCAGUCCGACCACUUUUGGAACUUUGAUGAUCUUUGGUAAGCUUGCGUAACUUCCAUCUGCCUAGUUUGGAAAGUAUUUAUAAACAAAGAUUGGGAAAGCCCUCUUCUAGAAGUGUUUUAUAGUAUUACUUAAUAUGCAAAAUGAGAGACUUAUACAAUUAUGAAGGUGCACUUUCAGCUUAUAAGGCUAUGAGUAGUUUGUAGAAAUAGUUCAAAACAUAGUGCUAGGCAAUGUCGUAUUCGGCCAUUUCCUAAACUACACCAAUUUGGUGUAAAAUCUGCAAGUUGCUAUGAACUUCCACUCCAAACACUGCAGCAAAGCUGCAGUAAAAUGCCAAAAUGCUACAGUGGUUUGGAGGAAUACUGUUCAAAGAAACACAUAACUGUUCAUGGCUGCAAAGCACUAUCCGCACGAGCCAAAUUCUAUAUAUUCUCUCUUUCACAAUUUUAAAUAUAUUUUGUGUGUGUUCUUUUUAACCUCAGUCUUUUGUAUACUUUUUAUUGAUAUAAUUUCUUAACUAUAAUUUUCAUUGUUGCAAUUUGAUUGAUUUAAUCACUAUGAAAUAUGUAAAUUGAUUUCGUAAUUUCAAUUGUGUAAUACAAAUAAAAAUGUUUACUAAAAUUUAUUAAUGAAAUAAUAUUCAAAAAAAUUAACACAAAAUUCUGUAAAGAACAAAGCUUCAGAUAUUAGACGCGCUAAUGGGGGGAAGUAAAUAUUAGUAUUUGCAUUUUUUUAUAGCUAAAUAUCACUUGUAGUUAAAUCUAUAUUGGUGUUCAAAAUCUAUGAGUUUUUUUUUUUUUUUGUUAUUGUAUACCGUUGGAGAUCAUUCCAUUGUUUGCACAAUGUAGACCAUUGGAGAUGACCUCAAGAAAUUAUGUUAUAGAAGCAAUAUGAUAAACUUGAUGAGUGUUGAAAGCUUGGUUAGUGAUUAAAAUUUCAAUUUUGAAAACAAUAGAAGUGAGUGAAAGAGGUGGUUGUGACAUGACAUCGUACUUUAUAAAAGUAGGUGCAGUAUGGAGAGGACGGGACUCCUUGCACUUAUUGGAUUCCAACAAUUUCUGAUAGAACUUCAAAGUCGAUGCUAUAUCCUUUAUUAUUCGCAGAGGAUCAGAGGAGACCUGACAGAGCUUGAAGGAAAACUUCUUCGGGUCAGAAAUGAGCCCAAGAUCCAUCUCGCGAAUAGAGAGAUGGGCGUGGAUCAAAGCAAGUUUGAAAUUCAGAAUCCAGCAAUGAGUGUGGUCAAGAAUCUCCAUUCUUUUUCCAGCUGACGAGCAUGGUGAUGCAGCGCUUGACAAUGUAGAAUUUGGCCUUCUGCUCCUUGGCCAAGUUGGUGCACUUGCGCGUGAAACCGGAGCACCUCUGGGAGGAGCUUCUCGGGAGGGAGGAUUUAGAGGAGGAGUGGCCGAAGGGGUUCUUGGUGGAGAAGCUCUUCUGAAGCGAUGACUUAGUGGAGACGCUCCUCGACAUAGACGCUUUGGAGGAGGAAUGCGGCCUAUCUUCUUUGGAUAACUUCCAUUUCUCAUCCAUGUAAUACUCCAUCGAUCCACCCUCCUUGCCAAUGCUGAUGUUGAUGAUGCUGAUGCUGAUGCUAAUGAGAGAGGGAUGGAUAUGUAGAGAGAGAGAGAGAUAGAGUUGUGAGAUGAGGUGGUGGUGGGACAAUAUAUACUAGUGUGGAGACAAUGGUGGUGUGGUGGGUGUUAUUGACGACUGUUGUGUAGCAGCAUCACAUGUGGAUGCUUGAGUAAAAUGGUCAGGCUUUGCACCUUACUUUAUAAUUUGCAGCCAAAUUCUAUGCUGGAUCUCGUUUAUUAUA